GUUCGGAUCAUAAAGUUUUUGGCAAUCGCAAAUUUAACAUUCAAAUGUUGAAAAUAAUAAUAUCACUGUUCUACCUCCUUACUGUCUAUGGAUUACCGCUGGACUCAAGCCAAAAGGAUGCACCAUGGCAUAUUCAUUUAAACAUUUCCGGUCUACGAUGUGGUGGAAGCUUAAUUCAAGACAAAUAUGUCAUCACAGCUGCUCAUUGCUUUGACUAUUAUCUCGAAGAGUUCGGUAGUGAUCUAUCCCACUUCCACAUUUACAUUGGUGAAUGGAAACUUAGCAUGGAUCCCGAUUGUGAUGAAGAUAAUAGCGAUGAAGUUUGUGAUUAUGUCGUGAAAUCGAAAGCUGCAGCAUUAAAAAUCCAUGAAAAAUAUGACAAAAAUGAAGCAAAUAGUAAGCAUAACUAUGACAUUGCAGUCAUCACACUCAAAAGACCACCAAGAGUCUCUGAAAUUGUAAGUAGUGCAUUGUUGCCUGAUCAAAAAUGUGAUGACAACUUUACUGGAAAGGAUUUAAGGAUUAGCGGAUUUGGAGAAACAAGUACUCAAGUGAAUGCUGUUGUCAGGAAGAACAUGGACAUUAAAAUUUUUGAUCAUGGCAAGUGCUUGAGUGCUUUUCAGAAUAAGGUUUAUGACUCUAAAAAUCAUAUUUGUGGUGCUGGAAAAAAUGGUCUAGCAACAUGCAAAGGUGAUUCUGGUAGCGGUGCUGUUAGUCAGAUUGGUGCUGAUGAUGAAGAUGAAGUUAAGACUUAUCUAACGGGCAUUGUCUCGUUCGGUUCAGACGUGUGUGGUGAUGGUAAACCAACUGGUCUUCUGAAGGUCUCGUGCUUUACUGACUGGAUUAAUGGAGUAAUAAGCGGAGUGACUAAACCAAAAGCAGCUCCACCUGAAUCAUCAUCCUCAAAACCUCCAUCAUCCAAUGAUAAUGGAGAUGAAGAAGGAGACGAUGGUUACUGAAAACAGGAGAAUGGCUAGGAAUUUGAGUGGGUGGAGGGUGGAGGGGCGGAUUUAUCACUUGCCUCCUCUUGUGGCUACGCACCUGCUAGAAAAGAAGAUGUUAAAAUUUAAAUUUUA